GUGAAAAUUGAUUUUUCCCGCUUCUGGUGAAACGUCAAAUCGUCAAAGCUCUAAACAUCAUUUUUGAAACAUUGGACCAACGACCACACGCGAACUCGUAUCUACUUUAAAUUGUGGCGCCAAAAGGCUAAUGAAAGUAUAAACACUGGUAAGCAGAAAUUAACAAUUGAACAUAUGUCAGAGGAGGUUUAGGUCAAGAAAGAUAAGAGAACUGAAGGCGAUGAGAGACGUAUUAUACGGCUUCCUCUGGUCAACACUCACACAUGUGAAAACACUCGGGUGGGAUUCUGGGACAGAUUCCCACCGACAGAGAGCUGUUUGAAAACAAUAGCACCUACAAGCUGAAAGAAUCGGUUGUAUACUUUUGGCUUAACCCAUCCAGCAGCUGUCUGCGUUGAAAUUCCCAAACAUAUCUUACGGAGAGUUUUGACGGCGAUUUCGCCAGAUUUAUUGUUGGAACCUUGCAGGCGGAAUAUCGAGACUUUGGAGGCGUUCUAACAUGGAUGAUCACGAUGUUCCCAAGACCGAAAUCGAAGAAGAAAGCAGUUCUCCUACAAACAAGCAAAAUUUUAGAAGUGUCUGCCGGAGAAGGAGAGCCAACCCUAAAACGGCGACAAGUAGAAAGGAACGACGACGAACGCAGAACAUAAACGCUGCGUUUGAUGAUUUGAGGAAGCACAUACCAAAUGUUCCCUCCGACACUAAGUUAUCGAAAAUUAAAACACUGAAACUCGCGAUGAGCUACAUUCAUCAUUUGGAGAAUCAACUGGAAGAUGAAAGCCAAGGCCAGGAAAUUGUUACGCCUCCUGACGAAUCAGGCCGCAAAACAGACAACAACGACGACACUGAUAGCAAUGACGGCAACAGCUCUGAUCGAUUAGUUUCUUCACCAAAGAAUUGUGACGAAAAGCAGAGAUUUUGUUCCCCGUCGCGUCGAAGCUCCAGAACAGGAUGGCCACAACACGUAUGGGCUUUGGAGCUCGUGGGAAGCCUCAAACAACAAUCGGUAGCGUAAUGAUAAAUUACAUCUGGCGCGUCUUUCUGCACAAAAAUAUUGAAAAGUGUGUUUAUCCACAUUUUGUGACUAAGUUGAGCCCAAACUGAGAUCCAUUACACGGAUUGAUUGAGGACGUGCUUAGCAAACAUGGAGUGAUUCCGCACAAGAAUCCAAUACCUUCAUCAGACGGGGCACUUGGGAACAAUGGCUUGAGAAGCGAAAGGAUUCUGUCAUGUUGCCAUUGAGAAAUUUGUUACUACUUUUCUUUAAUCGUGGAAAAUUUUUGGAAAUUAACAGGGAAUUGAAUCUACGUUGAGGCCUAGAUAUUCUGUAGAGAGUUGCAUUGUAAAUAAUGAUGGGUACGACUCAUAGGUGGUUGUUGAAUACCUAUGGAAGUAGUUUGGAAGGGUCGAUUCUCGAAGAUCUCAAGAAUAGUUGUGUAAUAAUUUAGAUAUUUACGUUGAGUCAUAAGGUGUCUAGCCUAUGUACAAAUUAAAAACUCAUCACUUAACUUCCUUACGAUAAUAAAUGUAUGAUGAAUAAGAAAGUAGUUAAGAAACUUACUGCAGAAGACGGAAGGAGUUUUGGUGUAUUCAGGGUGAUUUUUCAGGCUGUGCAAAGUGAUUUCCAUCUUGUAUCCUUCGUACCAGUGCGAAAGAGUGGUUUUCUCAUGUUCAAAAAUAAACGCGUAUUAUGUUAACGAUUUUCUUAA